GAUCCUCAGUUGUUUGAGCAGCCCCGAAGCGAGCGGUUCGCGAUCUGCUCUUGCGCGAAGUUUCUCAAAUCGAUAAAACCCAAGCAAACAACCGAUCUACCGAUCGAUCGCGAGUGCAAGUGCACGUAACUGGAGCAAUCGGAUUGCCCGUUAAUUGCUGGCGACACUAAUUGCAGUAGGCCGCAUGCCAGCCCCGUUUGUACUGUUAAUGUGUCAAUUGAUUGAUUGGCCCGCGAACCGUGAUUGAAGCGCGCCAUGCUCGCGAAGAAGCGCUGGUGGCAGAUCCGCCUGCCGCAGGUGGGCAAGCAGGACCAGUCGCGCAACUACCGCGACAUAGUCAACCUCAGCGAGUGCUCCUCGGUGCUGGCCAACACGGCCACCACGAUCAGCGACAGCUCCACCACCACGGCCAGCAGUGGCAGCCCCACGCGCCACCGCAGCUGCGACAGCCUGUCCAAGAGCUCGCAGGCGGAGCCGGGCAAGCUGUUCCCCCGCAACAUGCCCAGUAUACGGCGGAGUCGCCGCCGGGCCGUGUCGGCGGAGCGGGAGCGGGAGCGGGAGCGCCUGGCCAGCAGGGAUCGGCCGGCGGACCAAGUGCUGCCACCCAAAAUGCCACAAAUAGGCGCCGCACAGCAGUCCCGACUGUCCACGGUGACGAAGCUCACGCCCCGGAAGACAGGUGGCAAGCCCACCUGCUCCAAGGGCCGAAGCAAUCCGCCACCCGCGAAGUGCAUCGUUAAGUCGGCGGUGCGAGCCAAGACCAAGCCAAGGCCCAGAAUCACACUGGCACCCUACGAAAUAGCCCUGGAGCUACCGAACCAGUCGCCAGCCCCCACUCUGGCCAUGGCUGUGGCCCAGUCCUCCGGCUGCGAGAAGCGGAAGUCGAGCAGCGAGGAACAGUUCCACUCCUCGGGCAUCUCCUGCAACGGGGAGACCGACGACGACGUGGAGGUGGCCAUGCUCACCGGCAGCCUGACUCCAGCCCAGCUGGCCAGGAUCCAGGGGCACCAGCAGCAGCACCAGCAGCAGCAGAAAGCCGUAUCUUUUCCCGUCGGGGAUCUGAGGCACCUGAACCUGUGCCGCAACCGAAACGCCGUUUGGCUGAACCCGAACCCCAAGGACACGGAACAGCUGAUCGAGGUGGACAGGAGCCGCAGCGAGGCCUUCUGCUACUUCAACAGGGCCAUUGCCGACGAUAUCCAGCUCAGCGAUAUUGAAGAACAAUUGGCCCGCUUUGAUGGCCACUCAAAGAGACCGCCGCCGCCAGCAGCCAAACUCACCCAGCCCAGCCAAGCCAUCAGAAAAUUCAAGCCCACGCCCGCGCCCCGCUCCACCAGCAACAUGCAACAGACCCCGCAGCAGCAGCAACAGCCGCAGCAGCAGCAGCAACACCAUCCGCCCAGCAGCAGCAGCAGCUACUACACGCAGACGGAGAGCGAGUUGCUGCAGAUCGAGGCGGGCGGAACGGGCCUGGUCUUUGCCCCCCAGUCGCAGUCGCAGUCGCAAUCCCACUCGGCGGUCAGUCAGGUGGCAUCCACGUCCAAUUUAGACGUGCCCUCGGCCGCCUCCAGCGGCAGUGGGGGCAGCGGGGUCAGCGGGGGCAGUGGUGGAGGCCCGGGGUCAACGGGUGCCUUUGUGUCGCCGCUGCAGCGCCGCCACUGCCAGCCGCCCAGCCAUCUGCCGCUCAACUCGGUGGCCUCGCCCUCGCCGCUCCGCACCGCCAGCUACAAGUCGGCGGCGGCGGUGGCGGGCCACGGUGGUGGCUUCCACCACAGCCACCACCAGCAGCUGGACUUCCAGCGGAACUCGCAGUCGGACGACGACAGUGGCUGUGCCCUCGAGGAGUACACUUGGGUGCCGCCGGGUCUGCGCCCCGACCAGGUCCGCUUGUACUUCAGUCAACUGCCUGACGACAAAGUGCCCUACGUCAACAGUCCUGGCGAAAAGUAUCGUGUCAAGCAAUUGCUGAACCAGCUGCCGCCGCAAGAUAACGAAGUGCGCUACUGCCACUCGCUGAGCGACGAGGAGCGCAAGGAGCUGCGCAUCUUCUCGGCCCAAAGGAAGCGGGAGGCCCUGGGUCGAGGGGCGGUCCGCCUGCUGUCCGACGAGCGACCCUGCAAGGGGUGCGAGGAGCCUUUGUCCGGCGGUGACAUCGUGGUCUUCGCCCAGCGGCUGGGCGCCCAAUUGUGCUGGCAUCCGGGCUGCUUCGUGUGCAGCGUCUGCAAGGAGCUGCUGGUGGACCUCAUCUACUUCCAGCGGGACGGCAAUCUCUACUGCGGUCGGCACCACGCCGAAACACAAAAACCACGCUGCUCUGCCUGCGAUGAGAUAAUCUUCUCGGACGAGUGCACGGAGGCGGAGGGUCGGACGUGGCACAUGAAGCACUUCGCCUGCCAGGAGUGCGAGCACCAGCUGGGCGGGCAGCGGUACAUCAUGCGCGAGGGCAAGCCCUACUGCCUGGCCUGCUUCGACACGAUGUUCGCCGAGUACUGCGACUACUGCGGCGAGGUGAUCGGCGUGGACCAGGGCCAGAUGAGCCACGACGGGCAGCACUGGCACGCGACGGACCAGUGCUUCAGCUGCUGCACCUGCCGCUGCUCGCUGCUGGGCCGGCCCUUCCUGCCCCGGCGGGGCACCAUCUACUGCUCCAUCGCCUGCAGCAAGGGCGAGCCGCCCACGCCGUCGGACACGAGUUCGGGUCCCCAGCUGCGGCCCACGCACCGCGCCUCCACCUCCAGCCAAAUAGCCAGGUCGCCGCGGCGGGCGGGUGAACGAGAUCGCGAGCGGGACCGGGAGCGGGAUCGGGAUCGGGAGGUGGGACGAAAGGGCCACCAUGGCCAUUGCAAGGCCACGGGCAGUGCCGGUGAUCUGCUGGAGCGGCAGGAGCGGCAGCGCAUGGAGGCUGUCGGCGUGGCGGAUCUACUGCUCGGAGGAGGGGUGCCCGGCAUGCCACGCCCCGCCCAUCCGCCGCCCAUCGACCUCACCGAGCUGGGCAUCAGCCUGGACAACAUCUGCGCCGGCGACAAGUCCAUUUUCGGGGACGCCCAGACGCUGACCACCUCGAUGCCGGACAUGCUGCUCUCGAAGGCGGACGACUCGCACAGCUACCAGAGCAUCGACAAGAUCAACCUGAACUCGCCGAGCAACUCGGACCUCACGCAGAGCACCCAGGAGCUGGCCCACGAGCUGGAGCUUGAGCUGGAGCUGGACAACGAGCCGGUGCGUGAGCUGCCCCACGACGGCUACGAGCAGCUCUUCGCCGGCAAGCGCAGCCAGGAGCACCAGCAGCAGCAGCAGCAUCAGCACCCGGCCGAGGACGACGAGCAGCUGGACAACCGGCCGAUGAAGGAGGUGCGCUUCCACAGCGUCCAGGACACGAUGUCGCGCUCCAAGAGCUAUACGGACAACUCGAAUGCCCGGCGGCGGCGGCGGCGGCGCAACCAGUCGCGCAGCUCCUCCGAGAUGCAGAUCAACCAGACGAACCUGCGCCUGCACAACGCCCAGACGCAGGUGAACAACGGCGGAGCGCUCAACCUGCUGAACAACCUGGACAACUGCGACGUGGCCAGCAUCUGCUCCACCUGCUCCUCCAGCUCCUCCAGCGACAUGGACGACUACGUGUACCGGCUGCCCGCGCGCAAGCACUACGGCGGCGUGCGGGUGGCCUACGUGCCCAACGACGCCCUCGCCUACGAGCGCAAGAAGAAGCUGGCCCAGGACUCCACGCUGGCCAUGGGCAUGGCCACUGGCGGCGGAGUGGCGUCCCCGGCGGUCAUGCACGAGAGCAAGAACUGCACCAUCUCCUGACCACCCCCCAUGCUGCCGCCGCCGCCCUUCAACCUGAGCAGCUACUACAUCCUGGACACGAUCCUGGAGGAGCAGAGUCUGAUGCUGCCGGAGAAGAAGCCCGGCUGCCUGAGGCGGGUCUGGAACUUCUUCGGGCUGGGCAAGCACCGCCACUCCACGUCCCAGCACACCAGCAACGGCCGACUGUACAGCGUCUAAGUGAGCUUGAAAAGUGAAAAGUGAAAAGUCUUUUUCAACACGGUUGCCAUGCUGGCAAAACCAUUAAUUCUUGUCCACUAUCCAUUACAUUCGGGUAGGAUGGCAGCCGGGGCUGUAAAUAACAUAUCCACAUGUAUAUUAUACUGUUUAAGAAGACACAUAUGAGAUCAGAGAUGAGGGAAAUCGUUGUACAAAGCUAAAACUAUAUCAUAUUUGCAUAUUCAUAUACACAUGCCCCGACAGGGCCAUUUCCAUAACUAAUAAGGUAUUCUAGUGCUAGACGUAGGCAGAACAGAAACAAACGAAAAGUAGAGACCACAAACAACGCAAUCAACGAACAAUAAUCUCCAACGAAAUCCAGUCGAUGGCCAACAAAAGAAUCUUCAAAAGAGUGAAAGUAUAUUAGCCAAAUGUGCAAUGAUUUAAAAUGGCAAGAGCAGAACGCGGAAUAAACUCCACUGCCACAAACAAAACGAAGCUUUGAGACACAAAACCAUUAACAUUUACAAUAUUUGCGGUUUCCUUUCGUCGACAUUUUGUUAAGCAAAUCAAAUUGAAGAUUCUUUUGUUCGCAAACCAAACGUUUUAUGUAAUUUGCGUGCUUUCUCCGCAGCGUGAAAGGGAAAUUGUUAUAUAAAAGGAAUGUGUCCAGAAUACUUGGAGUGAAGAAAGUUUUUUCAAGCGAUCAGCGAGAGCUGAUCGAAAACAUAUGUCUAAGCUAUGCUAUAUCAACAAGUGUGUAUGGAAACAUAAUCAAAAGUAAAAUAUAUGUCUGUGUAUUUUAUUCUUAAA